GGAACAACGGCUGCUGGAAGCUGGACCUCGACCACCGUGUUUCCCAAUCACGGCAGCUCCCGUUAGCUGAUACAGCUUCUUACAGACAUGUUGCCCUGGGAGCUGGGCUUCCACGUGACCUCCCCAAGACCACUCAGAUAAUGAGAGGAAAUAUGGUCAUCAGCUUACAGAAGGCUGGGGGUUCCGGACUACAGCUGCAAGUCCUCCUCCGCCGCCCGCCUGACCAGAGCCCUUCACCUCUCGGCAGGCAGUCCUCAGCUGUUCCCUGUGAGCCUGCGGACACCACCUGAGAUGUCCCUUUUUGGUGGCUGGGGAAUGCUCGCAGCCUUUCUUGCCCUGCUCUGCUGCCGAGGGUCUGGUGUGAAGGCGUUCGAGGGGCCAGAGCAUCUGAUGGUGGGGUCUGGAGAGUUUCAGUUCAUUAAUUGUACUGCCAGUUGCACGGACCCCAAGAACAUUGUUCUGGAGACGCACCUAAGCAAGACUCUCUUGGAGAGCCAGGCUCAGUGGAAGCUAUUCAAGGUCUACAACAUCUCCAAGGAUGAGAAGCUCCUGUGCAGUUUCACCUGCGGCGGCAAGCAGGAGACGAAAGUUUUCAUUGUCACCGUGUUCUACCCUCCAAAGCAAGUGCUGCUGACGCUGUGGCCCACCUCAGUAGCCGCAGGGACACUGUUCACCAUCGAGUGCAGGGUCCCCGCCGUGGCGCCCCUCGAAGGCCUCACUGUCACCCUGCUCCGUGGUACUGAGAUCUUGUACAAUCACACCUUUGUGGGGACAGCACCUUCCCCCCAAGAUGCCAUGGUCAGCCGUAACACCACAGCUCACAGGGAAGAUGGCCACCAUAACUUCUCGUGCGAGGCCCAAAUGGACCUGCGCUCUCGCGGCGGUGGCCUCGUCCACAGAAUCUCAGAUCCCCAGAGGCUUGAAGUCAAAGAGCCCGAGCCCAACACCCAGAUGGUGGCCCUCAUCACCACUGUGACAGUGCUGCUGCUCAUGGUUGUGACUCUCGUCCUCCUGUACCGGUACCGACAGCAGACACGUAACACCUGAGUGCAAGCCGCUUAGAAGAGGCUGAUAGGGAGCCACCGCGCACAGCCCCCGUGAGCGGCGCGGCCACUGUCAUGGCGGCCACUGAACUCAGUGUGGCUCCUUAGGCUGCGGUCCAGGCCUGGGGAGGGACCAUGUGAAGCAGCCUCAAUACAAACACCUGUUCUUAAGCCCGUGCCUUCGUGUCUCCUCCUGGGAAUGGCCAGGAGGGAGGCCACCAGGCCUGGCUGAACUUCUGUCUCCAAAUGUCUCCUCAGCCUCCCUCCGCACUCUCCCUCAGAGGCCUUCCUGAGCCCCAGCAAACCCAGACCCUGGUGUGCCCCCAGGCCGACCCGCCCGGGCACCCGGCACCCAGCCUCAAGGGACCCUGAGUGACUCCUUCCUCCUGAGGGAGGGUGGGGAGACCCGCCCUGGCCCAGAGGGGCAGAGAGACACUCUGUUCCCACGUGGCCCUCCAGGAAGGACAUGGCUCUGACUGCUCUCUUCUGCCAAGAGAGCCAGCAUCCAGGGGUGAGUGUGGGGGCCCCAGUGGCUAGGCUCCAGGAACCUCCCCGCCAGGCCUCCCCCGCCACUCAGGGCCUUCCGAGAGCCAUGGAAACGAAAGCCAUCCUCGCCUCUUACCUCCAGUUCUGUUAUUGGGCCAAAUGGAGACCCUGCAGCCCUGGUCAUCCAGAGAGAGGGGAAGGGGAGGAGGUCGAGGGAGGGCUCCAUCUCCCAGGCCUCUGCCAGCCAGGCAGCGAGCAAUGGGAUAGGGGUGGCUUUUCAUGUGGCUUCUGGGGCCUGGAUGGGGCUCUAAGGAUCAGAGAUCAGAGAUCAGGUUUGUUCACGGUCUCCAUCUGGUGGACAUGGGACUCAUUC